AUGGCAUCACCACUCCGCACAGCGCGAUGGCUUCAUGCACUGAUGCUCAUAAGCCCCUUCAGCACGGCAUUGACGGCCAGCACCGGGGCAUGGAGAACCAGAUCGGUGUAUCAGACGAUGACUGACCGAUUUGCUCGCACGGAUGGGUCAACCACCGCGCCCUGCAACACGACCGCCGGUCUAUACUGCGGGGGCACCUGGCGCGGCAUGAUCGACCACCUGGACUACAUCGAGGGCAUGGGCUUCGACGCGGUGAUGAUCUCGCCGAUCAUCAAGAACGUCGAGGGGCGCGUCUCGUACGGGGAAGCCUACCACGGCUACUGGGCCGAAGACCUGUAUGCGCUGAACCCGCAUUUCGGGACAGAGCAGGAUCUCCUCGACCUGAGCGAGGCCCUCCACGCCCGCGGCAUGUACCUGAUGAUGGACACGGUCAUCAACAACAUGGCCUACCUCACGAACGGCCGCGACCCGGCCACCAGCAUCGACUACUCGAAGCUGCAGCCCUUCAACGAGGCCCGGUACUACCACCCGUACUGCCCAAUCACCGACUACAACGACUACCCGCUGGCGCAGCGGUGCUGGACGGGCGACGACAUCGUCGCCCUCCCAGACCUCAAAACCGAAGACCCGGACGUCCAGCGCAUGCUCAACCGCUGGAUCUCCGAGACCAUGGCCAAGUACUCGAUCGACGGGCUCCGGCUCGACGCCGCCAAACAUAUCACCCCGGCCUACCUGCGGGCCUUCCAGCAAGCGGCCAACGACUCGCUGGUGACCGGGGAGGUCUUCGACCGGUCCGUCGACACCAUCUGCAGCUACCAGGCCAACAACGAGCUGACCAGCGUCCCCAACUACCCGAUCUACUACGCGCUGCUCGACGCCUUCACGCUGGGCGAUACCACCGACCUCCCCAACCGCAUCGAGGAGAUGAAACACGCCUGCCCCAACGUGAGCACCCUGACCACCUUCUCCGAGAACCACGACGUUCCACGCUUCGCCAGCCUAAUCAACGAUCUAAACGUAAGCCCUCUUUCCCCUUUAACCCCAAUCCUCCUUUCCUCAAUCUUCCCCCCCCCUCACCCCCAAACUAACCCAUCCCGCAAGCUCGCAAAAAACAUCCUAACAUUCACCCUCCUCUACGACGGCAUCCCAAUGAUCUACCAGGGCCAAGAACAGCACCUGAGCGGUGCGCACGACCCCCAGAACCGCGAAGCCCUGUGGCUGACGGGAUACGCCACCACGCCUGAGGCCGCGCCGCUGUACACGCACAUCGCGACGCUCAACGCGCUGCGCCGCCACGCCAUCCGCCUCGACGCGGCCUACGUCGACACCCUCACCUACCCGCUGUACCGCGGGUCCAGCGAGAUGGGGUUCCGGAAGGGCCGCGAGGACCGCCCGGUGGUGAUGGUGCUGUCGACGCAGGGGAGCGCCAGCGGCGCGUACAAGAUCCGGCUGACGACGGGGUUCCAGCCCUCCGUCGAGGUGGUGGAGGUGCUGAGCUGUCAGCGGUAUACCGUGAGUGAGGUUGGGGAGUUGUGGUUGGGGAUGGAUCGCGGGGAACCUCGGGUGUUGUUUCCGGUGAGGUGGAUGGAGGGGAGUGGGUUGUGUCAGAUGCUUGCGCCGAAGGAAAUAAACUACAGAAUAACGGAACUCCCGCCCAAAAAUUACGAAUGGUGA